CCAAACGCACGAGAAUCAGAGUGUGGUUGAGAGCAAUGGCUGCUCCCCUCCUAGCCUCAAGGGCGGCCUCUCUUCUUCCACCCCCAUCUCACACCAAAGCAUUCCCCCAAAAAUAGAUCGCUAUGAGGCAACAAGGGACGGGAGAUUGCUCCCCUUUCAUCUUUUUUUCGUUUCCCGUCCGCCGGAUCAUGCGGUGCCCAGGCUGGUGGAUUGGUGGCGGCUCAUUGGUUUCCUCCGGCGAGAUUCGGUCCGGGCCGCCGACAACCGGAGAGGCAUCCAGAUCCAGCAUCAACAGGUGGCAACCCCUAGCGCGGGCAUCAGCCUGUCAAACUCGGUUGGGCAAAUCACCUCCACAAGUUUUGGUCCCAAGAUCAGCGAUUUGGGGAGGAGAAUCGAGCGAGGAAGAAUCGGUGCUCGGUCCUUCGGUGUUCUUGAGGUGCCGAUCCCCUCUGGGGAGCAAUGGCCGGCUGGGCGAGGAAUUAGGGGUCGAUUAGGCAAGCAAGCGGAUCAUAUAUAGGAUGAGGUGGCCGAGGAGCAGAUUGAAAUGGCUCCUCAGCGCAUGCCUCAUUUCCCUCCUGCUGCUCACGCCAACGGACCGCGGCGGGCUGCUGCUCGUCGCCGCCAUCAGGAAGAACUUGUUCUGGCCGCCGCCACCUCCCCAGCCGCCUCCCCCGAGCCGAAUAGGUGAUGAAUUGGUGGAACAAUUAUGGCUCAACUGUAGUCUAGAUAGGAUAAUCCUUCAAGAUGUUAAAAACCAGUCCCAUCACACCCUUGCAUUCAGCACCAAGGAAGGAAUGCGCACUUCUUUGUCUCCAGAAGUUGCCGAUACUAUUCUGGACUGCUUAAGCAAGCAUAAUUUUCCUUUGCCACAUGUCUCUGGGCACACACAGGAUGAAGAUGCUGAGGAGGAGGCAGGAAGCUUAUUGCCACAUUCCAAUAAUUUCAAACUAUCUUUUGCAUCAAAAAUAAGAUAUCUUCUUGAAGGAGCUUCAACAUCACAUUAUUCUUUGUCACCGCCAGCAAAAGAAGCAAUCAGGGGUCUUUUCUCUUCCGAAGCAGAGGAUCGUCCGCUAGCCGUCAGCAUAAAAAUUUCUUUGGGAAAGAAGCGCAAGGAUGAUGACUCGGGUUCAUCCACUGCUGUCAUUGGUGCAGUGGCUUGUGUAGCAUUGGUGGCCCUUGUCGGUAGCUUGUGUGGGAUGUGUGACGAAGAGCCAGCAUCACCGUAUGAUCUAGUGGGGGGUGGUGAACUAACAGGUUCUUCCCGUAAGGAUUCCGCCACCCAGAUCGAUGUCAGUAGGCUGGGAGGAUUGUCAAACAGUGCAUCUGAGAAACAGCAGUCUGAAUUUACAGUACCAGUAAUGAAGUUGAAUGUUGAAAGACCAGCCACGAAACUGAAGUCAGUAGGAGCAGCAUCAAUGAAGGAAGAACUAAUGGAGCGACACAGCAGAUUUGCUUCGUACGAAGUAACGACCAUUGCUGGACAGCCGACGGCCAAACCCGAGAAGGCUGCAGUUUCUUCUGCAGGUCCAGCUCCGCCACCUCCUCCUCCACUUCCAGGUGCACCAGCACCACCACCUCCUCCUGUAGUUCCAGGUGCACCAGCACCACCACCAGCACCAGGUGAACCAGGUGCACCAGCACCACCACCAGAUGCACCAGGUGCACCAGCACCACCACCACCACCACCAGGUGCACCAGCACCACCACCGCCACCAGGUGCACCAGCACCACCGCCGCCACCAGGUGCACCAGCACCACCACCGCCUGCACCAGGUGCACCCGCACCACCUCCAAAGCCGGGCGGGCCUCCUCCUCCAGGGCCACCAGCACCUCCUGGUGCAAGGGCUGGAGCAGGACCUGGACCUCCACCUCCACCUCUAAAAGGUGGUGGACCGGGGGGACCUCCGCCACCAGCAAUGCCCGGUGGUCCAAGAAAAGGACCUCCGCCGCUUAAGAAGCCAGGAGCUGCAGCUCCUGUUGCAGACUCUUCGAAAACAAAGUUGAAGCCCUUCUUCUGGGAUAAAGUUACUGCAACAGAUCAAGCAAUGGUGUGGGAUCAAAUUAAAGCAGGAUCCUUCCAGUUUAAUGAGGAGAUGAUCGAGUCUCUUUUUGGUUGCAAACCUGUUGACAAAAGUAAUGAUAGCAAAAAAGAGCCAGCAAAGGAAGCUCCUCAAGUCGUUAGGAUCCUAGAUGCUAAAAAGGCACAGAAUUUAUCAAUAUCACUGAAGGCACUCAGUGUUACAGCUCAAGACGUGCAUACUGCAGUUACAGAAGGGCAUGAUCUCCCAGCCGAUUUGAUAACAACCUUGCUACGGUGGACCCCAACCAGUGAUGAGGAGCUAAAGCUUCGGCUCUACACUGGAGAGAUGAGUCAACUUGGUCCAGCGGAGCAAUUCUUGAAGACCAUCAUUGACAUCCCAUACAUUUUCCAGCGCUUGGAGACUUUGCUUUUGAUGGCCAGUUUGACGGAAGAAGCUACAAGUGUGGAGCAGUCAUUCAAAACCCUAGAGGUUGCCUGCGACGAGCUUAGGCACAGCCAUCUUUUCAAGAAGCUACUGGAGGCUGUACUUAAAACUGGCAACCGAAUGAAUGAUGGCACCUUUCGAGGGGGAGCACAGGCGUUCAAACUGGACACCCUCCUGAAGCUGGCUGAUGUCAAGGGGCUCGAUGGCAAGACGACGCUGCUGCAUUUCGUCGUCCAGGAGAUCAUCCGCUCGGAGGGUGUCCGUGCCGCGCGGGUGGCCAAGGAGCAGAACAGCAGCGUCUCCAGCGUGAGCGGCGGCACCGAUGAUCUCUCCGAGGAUGUCGGCGACGACACGGAGCACUACAAGCAGCUUGGCCUCGAAGUGGUGUCCGGCCUGUCUGACGACCUCCAGAAUGUCCGCAAGGCAGCGAUCCUCGACGCGGACGCGCUUACCAUACAGGUAGCGAGCCUCGGGCACAGGCUGGUGAAGGCGAACGAGUUCUUGAACACGGGCAUUAAGAGCUUGGAGGAGGAGAGCGGGUUCCAACGCAAGUUGGCCCAGUUCGUAGAGAACUCCCAGGCGCAGGUGACCCGCCUGCUGGAGGAGGAGAAGAAGCUCCGGUUGAUGGUGCGCUCCACCGUGGACUACUUCCAUGGCAGCAAGGGGAAGGACGAGGGCCUGCGCCUGUUUGUCGUCGUGCGCGACUUCCUGGUGAUACUGGAGAAGGUCCGCUGCCAACAAGAAACCGGCGGCAGCGGCAGCACCGGCGAAAGGGGGCAAGCAGCCGUCCCAGUCACAGCAAUCCUUCCGCGACCCUCGGCAAGCUCUGAAGCCCGCGAUCCAAGGCCGGAGGGCAAAGCCGGACAGCAGCUCCAGCUCUGA